CUGGUGUGUCCAAGAGACUAUGGCUAUCUUUCACACUGCCUCAGCCGAUCGAUCCCAACCCAUCUCCAAUACGUACGUAGACGCAGCCAGGCAGGUUAACACAAUAUGUGGCCUCAAUUUCGUCAACGGCAGUCUCGCUGAGGCGACAGCAUCUGCCAGCUCCAUUUUCAUGCCCUCUUGGACAGGCAUGAUCACCUCGGUCGUGGGAGCUGCCCUCAUCAACACUCUGUUAUAGACGGAUUCCUUUGCAAAACAUGGCGGUCCGCGGCUCGUUCCUUUACGGCCCUUCGACGAGGACCCUCAUAUUAUCACUUUUAAUCGCGACGCCUGCAGAUCUUCCUUCAUUUUGGAUCUGCCUUUUCUUUUCGAUACGACCAUUGGUAUAUAUUCACGACUCUGAUACCCUCACCCAGUUUCCUCGGCAUAUUUCUUUUUACACCACUAUCACGGUGCUUGUCUUAUACGGCCGCGAUGGAAUACUCGGUUAUAUUACCAUUUUUAAUCUCGGACGGGAGGUACAUCAAUCAUUAUUUUUUAGUUCCGGUAUUAGACGGAUUCAAUUGUCAAAAGCGAGCACAGCCCGGAGUUUGCAUUUUGGGUUGGCAAAGAUCUCCAUUUCAACGCAUGGACAUCCUAACACAGAGGAUGGAGGAAUAGUACGGCGCAAGCUGUGGGACGCGGCCAAGGACGGAUGGAAUAGCCUCCGUGCCUGGAGGGCCUUUACAGAUGGAACAUAUACGACCUCUGUAUGGAGAUGAAACGCAGAAGAAUCUGUGAUGGGUAGAUGGCCUAGGCCAAUGAGCUACUGAACAAAACAAGUUUAAAUCAUUCCUGUUUUGU